AUGAUGAACUGGGCGAAACAACAGCUGGCCAACGUCGCCGGCACCCAAGAGCCCAUCUACGGACCCUCGGCCAUCCAGGCCGUCAGCGAGCAGGCAAAGACCAAGCCCUACACGGAGCUGACCAAGAAUGACAUGAAGUGGAUCACAAUCGACUCGACCUGCGUCGAGACUCAGACCUGGUACUUCAUGACCGACAGCGGUCACAUCUGCAUGGUUCAGGUCAUCUACAGCAACUUCAACACAAAGAUCUUCUACGCCGACGGCAAGACCCCCAACCUCUGGUCCUCUGACGCUCUCGAGAACUACAGCUUCGACGAGGGCAAGUUCAACUUCCGCGCAAAGGGCUGCUCCACCGAGCUCAACGACGAAGGCAACAGCUACCACAUCAAGUCAAACACCAACAAGCAGAGCAUCGUCGAUCUCAAGUUCACCCAGACUGCUCCCGGUUUCGUGGUUGGCAACAACGGUACUUCCAACUACGGUACCGACCCCAAGAAGCCAUGGGGCUCAAUGAGACACGCUUUCUGGCCCCGCUGCCAGGUCGAGGGUAACAUCAUUACUCCUUCUGGUCCUCUCGAUGUCAAGGGCAGAGGUUUCUUUGUCCACGCCCUCCAGGGCAUGAAGCCCCACCAUGCUGCCGCCAAGUGGAACUUCGUCAACUACCAAUCUCCUACCUACUCCGCCGUCAUGAUGGAGUACACCACUCCUCCUUCGUACGGCUCGACUGUCGUCAACGUCGGUGGUAUCGCUGUCGAUGGCAGGGUCCUCUGCGCAGGCUCCUCAAACAGCGCAAAGCACAGCGAGAUCAAGGGCGAUCCUGAAAACAGCUGGCCCGAGCCCGGUGCUGUAUCCUUCUCGUGGAACGGCACUGAUGCCAACGGUCAGGCUGUCGAAGCUCUUGUCGAGGGUUCGCUCGGCGAGAGACUUGAUCGUGUCGACGUCAUGGCCGAGGUCCCCAAGUUCGUCAAGCAGAUUGUUGCUGGUGCAGCCGGUACCAAGCCCUACAUCUACCAGUACGGUCCCAAGCUUCCCAUCAAGAUCAAGAUUGGCGGCGAGGAGAAGACUGAGGAAGGUACUCUCUUCACCGAGGCCACCUUCAUCUCAUGA